CGAACAUAGCGCACCAAGCGAGGAGAAGUCGGACUAGCUCGAAGGAGUGAAUUGUGUAGUGUGAAUAUAGUGUACGGUAUUUUUUAAGUUCCAUCUUUCUGUAGAACCCUCAAAUAUAGUUUUGUACAUCUAUAAUUACAGAAAUGUCUUUAUAUUUUAAGAAAUAUGAUCAUUCUCCUUGGCCUCCAAAUGUCGGAAUUUUGGCAAUGGAACUAUAUUUUCCAUAUCUCUACGUAGAUCAGAAUGAAUUGGAAGUCUUUGAUAAAGUGUCAAAGGGAAAAUAUACCAUAGGCUUAGGACAAUCCAAAAUGGGUUUUUGUACCGAUCGGGAAGACAUCAAUUCGCUCUGUUUGACAGUUGUACAUCGACUUAUGGAAAGGAAUUGUUUAGGAUACGAAAGCAUAGGAAGAUUAGAAGUUGGAACUGAAACCAUUAUUGAUAAAUCAAAAAGUGUCAAGACUGUUUUAAUGCAGCUGUUUGAAGAAAGUGGCAAUACUGAUAUAGAAGGUGUUGAUACGACAAAUGCAUGCUAUGGGGGAACUGCUGCUUUAUUUAAUGCUGUUUCAUGGGUCGAAUCUAGUGCUUGGGAUGGUCGCUAUGCAUUAGUAGUUGCUGGAGACAUUGCCAUUUACGCCAGUGGUAACGCUCGUCCAACUGGAGGUGCUGGAGCCAUUGCAAUGUUAGUUGGACCAAAUGCACCACUUGUUUUCGAAAGAGGGCUUCGUGCAUCUCACAUGUCUCAUGUAUACGACUUUUAUAAACCAGAUAUGAAUACAGAAUAUCCAUGUGUUGAUGGACAGUUAUCUGUAAAAUGCUAUGCAAAUGCAUUAGAUAAAUGCUAUGAUGGAUUUUGCAGAAAAGCUAAAAAUGUAUUAGGUAUUAAUCAGUUCACACUCAAUGAUUUGGAUGCUGUUGUAUUUCAUGCACCGUACUGUAAACUUGUUCAAAAAUCACUAGGACGUUUGGUUUUUAAUGAUUUUUUGAGGGAUCCAACUCCAGAUAUGAAGGAAAAAUACAAAGGACUAGACAGUUAUAGGAAUUUGUUGCUCGAAGAAACAUAUUUUAAUAAAGAUGUUGAAAAGGCUUUCGUAGAACUCAGUAAAGAAGUAUUUAAUGUCAAAACAAAACCAAGUUUAUUGGUUGCAAAUGAAGUGGGCAACAUGUAUACUCCAUCUCUGUAUGGAUGUUUAGCAUCAUAUAUUGCUAAUCAUACAUGCGAGCAUUUGGCUGGGAAACGGGUAGGCAUGUUUUCUUAUGGGUCUGGAAUGGCAGCUACAAUGUAUUCUCUAUAUUUUGUCAAUGAUGCAAGUCCGGGUUCUGCUCUUGAUAAACUCCACAACAGUUUAAGCGAUAUUCGUAGUAGACUCGACUCCAGGAAGAAAGUAGAUCCUUCAGAAUUCACUGCAGUAUUAAAACUUCGUGAGGAAACUCAUCAUAAAGCACCUUAUGUUCCAAAAGGAAAUAUUGAAGAUCUUUUUCCGGGAACGUGGUAUCUUACGCACGUAGACGAAAUGCACAGACGUCAGUAUGAACGUAAACCAUUAAUAGAAUUAAAUUCACACCAAAAACAUUUUCCUCCAUUCGUAUCAAAGGAACAGACUCACGAUAUAAGAAACCACAUCAACAUGACGAACGAAGAGAAGAACGGUCUGUGUCGAAUCUCAAACGGGCAAGAACGAAAAAUACUGGUGACGGCCGAAGUUCAACUCGCUUGAUUGAUUACGUUCUAUUGAUUUCUUAGUAAAUUUAGUUAUUCCAAGAAGUUGGACCAUUUAUAUAUCCGAAAAUAUGAUAGUAUUUAGGGUUAUAAGGUAAAGUGUUAAGAUUUUUCAUUAUUUUUCAAAAAAAAAUAAUGUAAAUAUUCAAAUGAUUAUAUUUAUGGACCAUAGAUUUAUAACAGUUGCAUAAUGUCUACCUACCUUUUUUUUUCUGUUAGAAAUUUAAAAUUAUUUUCCAUGCAUUUAGUAAGCCAGGAGAGUAUAAAACUUCUUAUUUAUUUUCAUUGUUAUUGUCUAUUUGUUACAUGUAUUUAAAAAAAUAGUAUCAGUUAUAUAAUAUUAAUAUAAUGAAAAAGAAUAAUAUAAAUU